AUGGAAACAAUCAAGUGUGUACUUGUUGGUGCGAAUAAUGUUGGUAAAACGUGUAGUUUAAUUUCCUAUACGACCAAUUAUUUCCCAGAAGAUUACGUUCCAACAGUUUUUGAUAAUUACAGUGCUAAUGUUAUGGUUGAUGGCAAGCCUUUUUCAUUGGGUUUGUGGGAUACUGCUGGACAAGAUGAAUACGACAGAUUGAGACCAUUAAGUUAUCCACAAACUGACAUUUUCCUGGUCAUGUUUGAUGUUGGUGAUCGUUCUACAUUGGAUAGUGCACUUGGUAAAUUUGUUAAUGAAAUUCAACACCAUUGUCCAAAUGUUCCAAAAUUGUUAGUUGCUAAUAAGAUUGAUUUGGAUAAGAGACAGGUCAGUAGAGAAGAAGGUGAAAGAUCAAGUAGAGUGAAGGGAUUUGAUGGUUAUUUUGAAGUUUCUGCUCGUACUCAACAAGGAUUGAAGAAUAUAUUUGAUGAAGCUUGUAGAAUUGCAAGUAGUAGAAAGGCUGAUAGAAAGCCAGUUUCUUAUGAUUCAGAUGCUUCAUCUGAAGCUGAAGAAGAAACUGAAUGGGAUAAGAAGGCAAGAGAAGUUGAAGAUCCAUUCCCAGAAAAAUACAAAUUUGGUAUUUAUUUAAUUGAUCAAUAUGGAAAGACUGUAGAGGAUAAAUUCAUUUUGAAAACAGAAGUUGCAAGCUAUUGGAAAUUACUUGUUGCACUGGUUAAGAAAUUGAGAGAUUUUGGUGGAAAGAAAGAUGAAGAAGAGGAAGAAGAGGAAGAAAAGAAACUCGUUGCAAACUACUUUGACGAUAAUCAAUUUAAAAUUUACAUUGAAGAUCCAGAUUUUAAGGAUUUCUUCUUAUUGGAUUCUUUUGAAUUAUUGAAAGAAGUUGGUGAAAAGUCCAAUAAUAAUGUCAAGUUGCAAUUGGUUGGUAGUUGGUAA